UUUCCUGGUAGUACUGUAUGUUAAUUUGGAAGCCAUUUCAUUGAAUAACGGGAUAGUAUAAGGGGACCUUAAGCACUAGAUAUCCGACAAAAUCGGGUCAAUGUCCAAUUUCUGACUGAAUUUGUAUUUUUCACAGUGAAUAUUGAGAUAUGAAAAUCUUUUACCAGAUAAUCUACUGGAAGAUUGAUAGAUGUUUAAGGCUUGAGACCCAAAGGAAACCGUUUUCUGCCUGGUUGAUUGACAGGUGCAACAGCCAGUUAGAAUUUAACUAACGGAAACACGCCGUCCAAUAGUUAUUUCAUGAAGGGGCAGGAUUACUUUACAAUGACCGACGACAAGGAAAGUAUAAUAAUUGCCGACAGCACAUUUUAAACCUACCUGGUGCAAAUAUUAUGUAUUUGGAAAAUUUCCUUUUGAAUUGCUAUUUUCGGAAUUAUCGUUUUCUUAUAUUUGUUUUUUUAUCGAGUAUUUCUACCAGUUUUUUAAACGUCUUUAGAUACAGGAUAAAUAAUUAUCAUUAAGUACCGAUUCCAGAGUGAAGACGGAUGAAAGGAGGGCUGAGCCUCAUUCAGAAGGAAGGGGGAAGAUGAAUAGGAGACAUGAAGUAUGUAAGGAUGAAUUGCCCUGUGCGACUCAGCAUCCUAUUGUGUGGUUCCACAGCUACAUGCAUGGUGGUACGUCCAGCUUGCUAUCCACCGUAACAACAUUAGUCACAUUUCCUGUUUACAAGACCGUAUUCCGCCAGCAGAUACACAGCACCCUCGUUCGUGAAGCCAUUGCUCAGCUUUAUAGGGAAGGCCCAUGGAAGCUCUACAGAGGGGUGGUGCCUCCACUGCUGGUGAAGACACUGCAGGGGACACUGUUGUUCGGCCUCCAAGACACAUUCAUGCACCAACUCUCAGAUGUGCACUUCAUCUCCCCACUCCUCUUGCCAGCUUUUGCAGGCCUUGGUGUAGGUGUGGUGGAGGCCCUGGUCUUCACGCCCUUUGAGCGGGUACAGAACGUGAUGCAGAACUCCAGCAAUGACUGCAAUCUGCCCACGCUCCGGAGUGUGCUGUCACGGUUUCGCUCUGAGAGCCUGCCAUCCGGGUUCUACAGGGGCCUGAUGCCCACGAUGAUCCGCAACGCUAUUGGCAGCUGCCUCUACUUCGGGCUGAAGAAUCCAGUGCAGAGCAUGCUCUGGCAGCAAGGUCUUUCACCCGGUGCAUCGUCCUUUAUGUCAGGUGUUCUCAACUCCAUGAUCAUCAGUUUGCCCCUGUAUCCACUCUCAGUUCUGGUGGCCAAUAUACAGGCCCAGGUUGUUGGAGGGCCACAUGGGGCAUGGGAGUCUGGGGUGAUGCUGUGGAACUCUCGGCAGCGCAGCGUUGCCCUCUUGUACCGUGGUGGUUCCCUGGUUAUCUUUCGGUCCUGCCUUACCUGGGGCAUUACAACAGCCAUCUAUGACAGCCUAGAAAGGCACACUUUCAAAGCUAACAAUUCCAAGUAAAGUCUGCUCACACCAUGUAUGAUUCUCGUCUCUGUUGCUUCAGGUACGACAAUCUGACAGUCCCUCAAAGUUAUGAGAAGCCUAGUUUUUAAGUUUGUUUUUAAGACUGUUAAUUGAAAAGACAAGACUCGUUUCAGUAUUUUGAAAGUUCAUUUGUUAUAUAUGUUUCUUAUUUUACUUAAUUCCUCAGUCCAUGUCAUUACCACUGCUAGGAGUAUAUGUAAAAACAUGGCAGAGCAGAAAGAAGUAGAGUGUAGUUUCACUGUGAUUUUGAUUGCAAUUUCAAAUGUGCAUUCUGCAUUAUGAAUUCCUUUUAAAUUUCUUUUAAAUUAUCCUUAUUGUGGUGCAAAUGGUGCAAAUGUUUUUUUGCAUAUGUAUUUGCCCUUCAGUACCUUAUGUUUACUAUCAUAUUAUUUUGUUGCCAUGUGUCACUUAGUAUUAUUUUUUUUCUUAAGAAAAAAUGGUUAAUACCGGACCAUCACAAAUCAGAAGUGUCUGGAAAUCUGAAAAAAUUGCCCUGUUUACUGUAAUUCCCUAUAUUAUCACCUGAGGGCAGUGUUAGCGCAAGUUAUGUAUUUAUUUUUAUUUAUUUAAAAAAAAAAAAAAAACUAUUCUCUCGUGUUUUGAUUUUUGAUACUUUUUAAUUUUUAAUUUUCUAUAGAAACUGUGCACUUGAAUUUGUAUGGCACAGGAAUUCUUGUAUUAAAUUGUAUGAAUAUUUGGAAUGUAUAGCGACACACAUCCUGAAUGUGUUAAACUUCUUGCCUUGUUAUAUUUCCUGAAAAAUAAAAUGUUUUUUUCCUGUA